UAAUCUAGUGGACGGAACACUUCUUUCACCAGCAGCAAAAGUUAGUCAGACACCUCGGUAGCUUGCUAGACAAAAUAGCCUAAACAAUAAAGCUCUUUAGACGCUUUAGUGUAUAUUAGUCACUUUGUUUUAAACCCACGUCUGGUGUCUAGUUAAUUAUCCGAUUUAAUUUCAUAUUUACUUUGUUGUUUUUGGUCAGCUAGCGGGCUGCUUAAGUUAGCAUUAGCCGAGCUAGCUAACAUCCCUGACCAUGCGGUCACUAAGCAACUCUCCUGUUCAAGAAGUGAAAGCGGAGGAGGAAGAGAAGGAUGUUACAAUACAAAAACAAGUAGAGAGUGAGGCUGUUACCGUGAAAGAAGAAGAGAAAGACGUUACAGAGAAAGAAGAGGAAGACUCGUUCAGAGUUAAAGAGGAGGAUGUUACAGUGAAAGAAGAGGAGGAAGAGACAGAGGAGGAUGCAGUUUUUGGAGUGAAAGAGGAGGAGGAGGAGGAGGAGGAGAUGACUGUCACAUCGAAAAAUGAGGAGGAGGAAAAUGGAUAUCUGGGCUCGGUUUCCCAAAGGCAUCUUAAGGCAUCCAAUGGUUCUAAUGAUGAACGGGCCCUGGUUAACACUAGAGAGAGACGGGACUAUUGUGGAUCCUCUGUUGGGCCUCAACAACCUAAUGAUGCUGACAGGGCAGAGAAGAGUUUCUCCACAUCAGAACACCUCAAGAAACAUCUGCGGAGAUCCACAAGGAAGAUAACUCACUGCUGCUCUGAUUGUGGGAAGAGAUUCACCUCCUCAGCAGGCAUUAAAAUUCAUCAGAUAAUCCACACAGGAUUACAGAAAUAUUAUAGCUGUACUCAAUGUGGGAAGAGUUGUACUCAGCUAAGGGGCCUGAUAUUACACCAGAGAACACACACAGGAAAGAAAUCGUAUAGCUGUGAUGAAUGUGGGAAGAGUUUUCCUCUGGUAUUCAACCUAAUAUUACACCAGAGAAGACACACAGGAAAGAAAUCGUAUAGCUGUGAUGAAUGUGGGAAGAUUUUUACUAGACCUAGCCGUCUUGUUGUACACCAGAGAACACACACAGGAGAGAAACCUUAUGGCUGUGGUCAAUGUGGGAAGAGUUUUACUACAUCAAGCUAUCUAACUGUACACCAGAGAACACACACAGGAGAGAAUCCGUGCUGUGAUCAAUGUGGGAAGAGAUACACUGAUAAAAGAUCUCUGAUUAAACAUCAGAAAAUACAUGGAGUUGUUUGAUGAUAUCAAUGAAUUAAUGUCACAAUGUAGAAUGUUUUAACAUUGUAGUAGGAGUAUUUUAAUGAUGUCACAAUGUAGAAUGUUUUAACAUUGUAGUAGGAGUAUUUUAAUGAUGUCACAAUGUAGAAUGUUUUAACAUUGUAGUAGGAGUAUUUUAAUGAUGUCACAAUGUAGAAUGUUUUAACAUUGUAGUAGGAAUAUUUUAAUGAUGUCACAAUGUAGAAUGUUUUAACAUUGUAGUAGGAGUAUUCUAAUGAUGUCACAAUGUAGAACCCUAAAUGUUUGUCCCCUGUUCUAUUGAUUUCAACAUGAUAUGGAUAUUAGCCUCAGGGGGAAAAUCCAGGGUAUGAAUUGAAAGAGUACUAUUUUUGUGAUUUAACAAAAAGUGACUAACACAAAAAGAGUUGUGUUACACUUCCCACGUUGGUGACCCACUUAAAUCAAAAUGCAACACUUCAAAAUGUAGCGAUCUAUUUUCUACAAAUUGUCUUCUAACCAGGGAUGUACACAUUACUCCCAGAUUCUGUGUGGUUUUUGAGCUGUUAGUUUUAACAGGAUGUGCAACCUCAUCUCCCUCCUCUUGCACAAAUGAUUUCAACAUGAUAUCGAUGAGUGAUGACAUAAGUGUUGCGUUCCUUUGUUUAGCGACCCCUACAUUUACAUGCAUCACUCCAAAAUGUAUCUGACUGUCUUCUGCAGGUUGUCCUCUAACUAGUGAGGUAAAAUAUAUCUCCCAUUUCCAUGUGUUUUUUUAGUUGUGUUAGUUUCAACAGCACGUACAACCUGAUUUCCCCCCUAAUCAAUAUCAGUGAUUUAUUGCUACUUGUCAAAACAACAGCGUUUCUGGUGCUUAUGCAGUUUAUAAGGUGCUUGUUUAAGUAAUAUGAUUAUUGUGGCAGAUGUUUGUGUAUAUAGUACAUUUUAUGUUUAGGUUUUCAAUUUAUCACAAACUGUUUCUGCAUUUGGACUAUUGAUUUGGACACGUUAAAACUGUGACAUUGGGGAUAUCCCACCUAGCAAAAUGUCGUUGAAAAUAAGACUAUGACCGUCGUACAAUAUAAGUUUGGUUUUAGUUGAAAGUAUAAAAGAAAACUAUUUCAUUUCAACGUACUUGCAGCUUAUACACAUGGACGCAGUAUAAUAAAUCGGUCUAUAAUCAAUUUUAUUAACAAUCCUAAUAAAUUGAGUCAUAAAUAUAAAAUA